GCCCUAGUUUUUCCACUUCUCUGCCACUGCCUCUCACUCGUCUCUCAUCAUCUCACUCAUCGAACGCCUCUGCCUCUCACUCUCACUCGUCUCUCAUCAUCUACUCGUCGAACACCUCUGCCUCUCAUUCGUCUCUCAUCACUUCCUCUCAUAUGCCACCCUAGUUUUUUCGCGUCUCUGGGUUAUUCUUGAAAACUUGCCGGAAGUACUACUAAGCCAUCGAAAUCGAUCAAUUCUAUUGAAGAAGUUGAUUUCUACGAAUAUUUGUGAGAUAAAGGCAUCGAAGUUAGGUUUUUGAAGAUGAAAUUAUGUAAUCCAUAAGGUGCGAAUCUUUCUCAACAUAACCUCGGACUUAUGAUUUCAUCCUUGUAGUUGCAAUUGAAUCUCUUAUCAAGGAUCCCAUCUCUGGGAAGAGCAGUGAUUGUCAUAAAAAAUGACAUUUCAAUGUAUGGGAAAAUAUUGGAGGACAUUCAAAGCAAGAUUGAGAAAACUGCUGGCACAGGUAGUGGAGGCAUUAUCCACUCCAACAGUAGCAGAUGUAGAAUGUGAAAGGUUCAGGAAACUGAGAAGGGAUCAAAAACUUCCUCACACUUUGGGUCGAAAGGGUUAUUCACGUACAGCUCAUGAAAUGGAUUUAUAUUGUAGAGAAAAGAAUUCGGAUUUAAAGGGGUUAAGAACUAGAGUAUGGAUGCAUGGACAUCUUAGAAAGGAUGGUACACCUAUAAAUGAAGCAGUUGCCGCAACUUUGAAAAGGAUAGAAGAUUGUGUCCAAACAAUUUCUGAUACACCAGUAGAAAAUUCCAUCCGCGAUGAUGCUAUUACUCGAGUUUUAGGACCUGGACGUCGUGGAAGAGUUAGAGGACUUGGAUUUGGAGUUGCACCAUCGAAAGUAGAUGGACAAAUUCAAAGUAAUGGGAGAGUGAGAAAACUCGAAGAAAAGGUUGGAGCGCUAGAAGAAAAGGUUGAAACACUUCUUCAAUUAUCUCAACAGAAUCAAAACAAGAAUGUAGACGACAUGAGUUCACAUGCUUUUACUCAGUCACAACACGGAAGUGGUAUCCAUUGAGGGAUUGCACAUACAAAAAAUGUAAGGUGUCAGCUGUUGCAUUGGUGCAUAUUUGAAGAGGAAGAAAUUGUAGCUGAAGGAAGGAUUGCAUCAAUAAACCCAAGUGCAAAGGUCCAUCACGUACCAAUCGGACGAGAUUGUUGGAAGGUGUGAGUUGAGGAAUAUUAUAUGGGCCAUUUGAACUUAUAUAUACCUACUGAUGAAUUUUGAGUGUUUAGUAAAACCAUAGGAAGUACAAUUGCUUGACCAAAGAGCAGUAUUAGACUUAUUUGACAAGUUGGUUGCUUUUGUAUGUGGAAUAAUUCAUCUCAAGACUCAAUCCUCGUCAAAGAAAAAAACUUGAUGAAAGUCCUAGAAUUUUAGCAUGGAUGAAAGUGGUUGGUGAAUGCUAGCUCCCGGCUUUCUUUUUUGUAGAACUUGGUGAAAGGCCUUUGUAAAGUUUCCAAGCUCGACUAAUCAAUUAUCACAUGGCUAAGUGUGUGCAGGAAUACGAUCUGGUCAUCUGGAUGUGAGAGGUCUUGGAUUUUCACCUGGUAGUUCUUGGGUGGAUGCUCAAGGUUGUGUCGCUUCAGUCCCAUUGAAAAUGGCAAGUUAGGGCCAACCAAUAUCUCUAUUCGCAGGUGCCCCAAAAAUAGAGGAACCCCCCCCCCCCCUCCGCAAAAUACAAUCACUAGGUCCUUAAACGUCUUUUCAUAAAGCUCCUGUCGGCGGUGAGUGAUCCCGAAACAGCAUUGAUUAAGCAUAAAUGUGAGAAUCAAGAAAUCAAUUUCACGAGAAUAUAGUUUAUCUCAUAUAAUUUAACUCUAACUCUAAUGAUCGUCGGACUUGAAGCUAAGUUUUGCUUCUAUACUUGUGAUGAUGUCUAGAAGUUUCAAGCGGUGUGAUUUUCAUUAGGAUUACGUGAUAACUAAAGUAAGACUUGGAUAGUUGCGUAAAUGGCAAUAGCAGUUUGAAAUGUUAAUGACAGUUUUGGGCCAA